GCGAUGCUCGACCACCUCAUGAGCCUCGGUCUGACAGAGCGGCUCGCCGCCGCGUGCCGCGCCUCGACGCCCGCGGCCGCCCCAACAAGCCGCGGCAGCGGCCCCGGGCUCGCCGGGCCCGCAGAGGCGCUUUCCGAGCUCCAGCAGGCGGCCGCCGGCUUCCUCGUGCACGUCGCAACAAGCGCCGCCGCGAACGACGUGGCAGCAGCAGGGCGCUGCUUGCUUGACCACGCAGCGGUGCUCCUUGUGCUGCUGCUACGUCGAGCGAUCGCCGGCUCCAAGCCGCCUUGCCGCGAGGCGCCUGGGGCGGCUGAGGCUGCCGGCGCGGGCGCGGGAGCCGCAACAGACCCAACAACAGUGGAUGCGGCUCUGCUCGAAGCGGCGCUCAGGGGCCUGGCCCGGCUGAGCGCUGAGCCCCGAGGGGGUGCGGAGGCGUGCGUGCGCGCCAAGGCGGUGCCGUGGCUGCUGCAGGCGCUGCGCGUGGAAAGAAGUGCGUACGCGGCGCUGCGGCGGGGCCACCAGCAGCAGCAGCAGCAGCAGCAGCAGAAGCAGCAGCAGCAGCCGCAGCAGCAGCAGGGGGCGCUUUCCGCCGCCAUUGACUCUAUAACAUCAGGGGCAGUCGGACACGCGUGCUACCACCAGCUGGAGCAGCGGGAGCUGGAGCGUCCGCUGGCUUGCUUGCAGGCCAGAUUAGCCAGCGGCGGCGCGUGGCCGGCCCAACCCCUCACCGCCGCUGACGACGCGUGCGCCGACGGCCGAGAGGGAGCGCUGGCGCUGGCGGCACUCCUGAACGUGUCGUCCCUUCCCGCCGGCCAGCUGGCCGCCUGCCGCCACGGCUUGUACACCCUGAUACGCACCGCCCUGUCCUGCCCGGACGUCGGCCGCGCUGGGAUGGCGGCCGCGGUCCUGCGCGCCGUCUGUGGCAACGCCGGCAACGCGUCCGCCGUGUAUAAAGCGGAGAUGCGCCUCAAGCGCGCGGCGCUGCUGCGGGCGGCGGGGCUGCGGCCGGAGGAGCGCCGGGGGCGGCGCGAGGCGCGUUGCGCGGGCGAGGACAGCGGGGAGGCGGGCGCGGCGGAGCGGGACGCGGCGCCGCCAGCAGGCCAGCCAAAGCGGCCUACGCCAGUGCCGGCGCUUGCAAUGCCUGCAUCAAUACCAGCAGCACCAGCGGCAGCACCAGCGGCAAUGGCAGCGGGGCCGCGGCGCGCCUCGAUUGCAGGCGCGCAGCCGACCUCCUCACGCGCUGGAGGCGCGGCCGCCAGCCCGCGCCCCACCUGCACGUUUGAGGCCGCGGGGGAUGCGGCGCUGAUGACGGCGCGCUGGGGCGUCAGGGGCGCCGAGGCGGCGCGGCAUGUGGGGCCGGACACGGCGCAGGCGUCCAUGGUGCUGACGCGGAUCACGCCCCGCCUGCUGGUGCGCGCCGACGGCGCCAGGAUCUCGAAAGGGGCGCCGGGCGCGCGGGAUGGCAGCGGCGGCGGCGGCACGGGCGCCGACGGCGCGGCUGCGCAAGGGGCCAGCGGCAUCGGUGGGGACGGCAGCGGCGGUGGCAGCGGCGCAGGGGAGGACGAGGACGGGGAGGCGCAGUCGAUCGUGUAUCAGAUGGCGAAGCGCAUAUCUAUGAUUGGGAGCGCCGCCUGCAGCCCGCGCAUCGGCGCGAGCGUCGUCGCGGCCGCGCCUGCGGACGUCGUGGCGGAUGCCGCGGCGCCCGCAGCCGCGCCGGUGGCAGCGGCCGGCCUGUGGGUGCGAGGCCCCGGCGGGGCGCGGCGCAGCUCGGUGUGGCCUGCGCGGGCGCAGCAGCCGGAGCCGGAUGUGCGGGCCGCGUUUCUCGAAUGGUGCGAUUUUCUCGACGGGCCCGGCGCUUCCAAUGCCGGGGGCGCCGCCAACGCGCCCACCUCUCGCCGACCGACGCUGGCUUUUGCCACGGCCACCUGCGGCGGCGGCAGCGGUGGCGGCGGCGCGGCGAGCGAUGAGGAGGGGGAGGGCGACGGGGAUGAUCUGACGACGGACGAUCCCGAGGAAAGGGCGUGGCUGCUGCUGCAGCGCCGCGCCGCGGAGGCGGAACGCGCUCGCGCGGAGAGCGCGGCGCGCGCCGGCGCGCUGAAGGGCCGCUUCAACCGCAGCCUGUGCCGCGGGAGGGCCGAGGCGUGGCAGGGGCGCGCCAAAGCGGCUGCCGCCGCGGCCGGCGCACGCGCGGCGAGCGCGGAGCCCGCGGCACGCCAUGGCGGCGGGGCCGGCGGCAGGUCUGGUGAAGGGUCUGGCGCGCUGAGCCAUAGGCAGGGGCGCGCGCCCCAAUCCAAGGGCGGCCUGCUGAGGGCACGCCCACAGACCGCCGGGCCCUUAGGGCGAGCCCCGCCUUCCCACACAAAGGCGACGCCGCCUGGAGGCAACAGCGUUAAUCAGGCACGGCCAGCCAGUGCCGGUGCAGCGGCGCCCUGGGCGCCGAGCCUGGUGGGUUUCGUGCAGUCGCAGGAUCCGGUGGCGCCUGGCCCAGUGCGGCGGCGGUGCGCGGCAGACAGGUUGAUGGUGGCAGCGGCCCCUGGGGACGUUGUGGACGCCUUGGCAGGUGGGUGA